GAGUACUCUACGUGAUGACGUAGCACAAGUGUCGUCAAGUAAAUAUCCGCAUUGCAUAUUCACAACAGAGGAAAGGAGGAAGAUGGUUUACGUGUCCAAUGGCCAGGUCCUGGACAACAGGACCCAGUCACCAUGGAGGCUGUCAUUCCUGACCGACAUGUUUUGGGCUGCAGUUGAAUUUAUUGGUUUAUUUUUUCAGACAAUAGUUCAGCCGGACUUGUCAAGAAAUGGAAACGGUGGCUCAUCUCGCUUCAGUGAUGGCAGAGGCCCGCCAGGUCCCCCUGGUGGCCGGAGGCGGAUGGGCAGGAUAAACCACGGUGGGGGUCCCAGUUCCCCGCCAAUGGGAGGAGGAGGAUGAGGAAGGUAAACGCCUGCACUCUGAUGCAGGCGCGGAGGGAGGGAUAUGUGAAGUACAUAAGUGUUUUAUUCUGGUAGUUUAGGGGUCUUCCAUCAUACGAAGGCAACACACCAGGGCAUUAAUCACUUCACAUUCACACACAGACCACCUAUGUACUCGUGUGUGUGUGAGUAUGUUUGUGUGUGUGUCGUCCCUCCCUUCUCCUUGGGCUGUUUCCGUGUCGUGCGGAUUCAUGAUGCUACUGUGGGAAUGCCUGGACAGUGGCGCCACAGUGGCUGAUCUUGCAGCCCCUUCAAUCCACAUCCUUUACAUCCUCAUGCUACAACAUGCUUGCUUUCUAUAUUUUCCACUACCUGUCGACUAUUGAUUUGCAAACAAUAAAGACUAUAACGACAGAGGGAUAUCAGUUUAAUUAUGAUAAAAUGUUUCUGUAUUUUCACAUCAUGAGAAUGUAUGUAGGUAUGUGUAAUCUCUAUGAAUAAAAUCGUGAUUUUAA